AUGGCCCGUGUUCUGUCUCCGUCGCAGACGGCUGCCCUCUUUGACAUCCUGACCCAUUACGACACCUACGCCCAGAUCCGCGAGUUUCGAAGACCUGGAAGCCUUGCAAACUAUGGUCCUCCUUUCACUGCGCAGCCAGCGAACCCCUCUAGUUCGCCCGCCCUACAGGCCCUAGUCUCCAAGUUCCUGCUGAACCUGCCGGGCUUGAACAAUUUGCCCGAGAAAUGGUGGACCGUGCAAUGUCAAGAAAUCAUCGAGAGUCUGGAGAGGGCCAACCUGAGCGAGAGCUACGACAAGGGAGUCAUCGGCAGCCGCAAGACGCUCGCGACAGCGAUAUCAGCCCUGAUCGAAUACCCCGUCAGAGGCACCUUCGCUGGCUUCCCAGAGAUCAGGGAGCGCGACCCCAAUUACGACCUCACCAAGGCAGAUCAUUUGCAACGUGCCUUUCGUGACUUCCUCAAUGACUGCGUCUACGGCAGCAUCCUAGACGACAUGGUGCAGAAGACCGCCGAGACAGACAACCUCGACGACCAUCCUCAAUUAACCAAAGCCGUGCACGAGUUUGUGCUUGUCAACAUUGCCUCCUUUAUGCACUACACUCUUAUUCUGUCUCCCAAAGGCCAGUACUUGCUGAAGCUGGUCGACAACGCCAAUAAACUCGUGCCUUAUAUGGUUCUUCGACAGACAUUGAAGAUCGGAAAUGUCGCGACUAUGAUAAACGCCAUGGUCAAAGUCGGUCUGGCCAAAAUGAGUGUUUCCAGUGUCACCAACUGGAUCGGGUUGACUCAGUCUCAGGACGAGGGCACGAAUCUCAUGCAAACGAUCAUCUCCACGGUCCUUAAUUGGGAUAUCAGGGAUCUCGAGUCCAGGGCGGCCAAGCUCGAGCGAGAACGCGCAAAACUGGGCAAGGAGCAGCUGCAUGCCCUGAAAGACUACGUGCAUCGACCACAAGAAGAGCAGGAUCGCAUCCGAAAGGAAAGCCUAACGCAGUCCAUCUCGAUUGUAACGGCCAUCUUGAAAGACACCAGAUCCCCUUCUACCGAGCUGACCGACGUCCAUCACAAGCAGGCGUUGGAGUACCUCUCGAUCCACCUGUCCAUUCGUGAUCGCAAACAGCUUAUCCAAUGCCUGUGCAAAUCUUCCCCUGAUCACCUAACCCUGUCUGUCCGGGAAGUUGUCGACGCCUACGAGCCUGUCAUCCGACGGAUGCACAAAGCCAUCGAUCUGUCCUCGACACUCUCCGAUUUCGAAAACUUCCUCAAAGACCUGAUCAAGCUGGCGAGGAUCCACACAGACAAGUCCAAUAAAACCAUCGUACCUACCGUGGGGGAUUUUGUCCGGUUGCUCCGCAAGCAUCAGCGGUCAUGUCACAUCUUCCUACACCAAUGUGCCAAGAAUGACAAGGAAGUAACGGAUUGGUACCUCGACUGGGCAAAGAAAGCAGCCUUACAGUUCAGACAAGAGUCCGGCGGAGACGACUCGGACGUUUUCAAGCACGGAAAAGGCGGAGCCGGCAACCUGACAUCGUCCCUGCACACCCUCUUCGCCUCUCUGCCUCAAGAAACCCAAUCCCGGAUCCUGCCCAUCCUUGACUCUCACUCCGAGUAUCUAGACAAGAUGCACGAACAGUCCGCGGCCCGGCUCACGAACGUCUUGAAAUCACCGCCGUCCAAAAACCCGGCCAUCGCAAAGAUCUUCUCCUCCAACCACUCGAACCACUCCAGUCGGCCUUCUUCAAGGACAUCUAGCCCCGCUCCGCCACUAGACCGCAACGAGGGUCAUGCGACGCCGUCAACGACAACUCCGACAUCGGGAUCAUUCCCCACAAUGGUCUCGGAAAGCGACAUGUCCCGCGAGAUCAAGGAAAAUCCCACGCCAGAAGUCUCUUCCAACCCCGGCCCUGGCUCAUUCCUCGCGCGCUGGCAAGCGCUGCUCGACGCCACGCCGAUCACCCCGUUGAGUCAACAAGGAAGUCCAAGGGCCGCGAGCUCGCCCGAGGUGGUACAGGCGAGCGCGACGGACGUGGAUGGUUCGAAGCUUGUAAACUUUAAGAACAAGGAAGCGAGAGGGGAGAAGAUCCGAGUCGAGGACCAGCAGCCGCCGCUUGGGAACAUUGGAAAGGAAGAUGACGUGGGGAUCGGUCAAGGGGCAAGAAAGAGACAGAAACAGUUGAAGAUUGUGAUCGACGCCAUGGGAGACGAAUUCAGGCAGUUGCUGGCCAAGGAGGCGUGUUAUUGGUGA